GAAAUAUGCAAUCAUAUCCUUAAUGAUGCCACAAUUUUUGCUAACAUAAAUGCUGUGAGCCCCUCAACAAUACAUCGUGUCCUCCAGAGAAAUCAACUGAGAAUGAAACCGCUGUAUAAGGUCCCAUUUGAAAGGAACUGUGACAGAGUCAAGAACCUUCGACAUGACUUUGUGGAGAGAAUUUUGGAGAUGGAUGCCCAUGCUAUCAUCCAUGAAUACAUUUAUGUGGAUGAGGUGGGCUUCAAUCUCAGCAAAACCAGAAGAAGGGGGAGAAAUGUCAUUGGACAAAGGGCCAUUGUCAAUGUCCCUGGACAACGUGGCGGAAACAUUACAAUGUGUGCUGCAAUUACACAGAAUGGUGUCCUGCACCAUCAUGCCAGACUUGGCCCCUAUAACACUGAUCACAUCAUACGUUUUCUGGAUGCUGUUCAUGAUAUGCUUGUUCAAGGUCUGCAGAAUGAAGACCAGGCAAGAUUUGUCAUCAUCUGGGAUAAUGUCAGCUUUCAUCGCGCCCAUCAGGUCCAAAACUGGUUUGUUACUCAUCCCCAUUUUUCUGUUGUCUACCUGUCUCCAUAUUCACCAUUUCUAAACCCUAUAGAGGAAUUUUUCUCCACAUGGCGCUGGAAAGUGUAUGAUCGUCAUCCCUAUGUCAACAUGACACUUCUCCAGGCAAUGGAGGAGGCAUGUGGAGACAUUGAUGCCGCCUCCAUCCAAGCAUUUGACACCAUGUGUUCCUGUAGUGUUCACAAACCAUCAAUGUCACCAAAGCCGGCGGCUUUCACCAUGUGA